ACGUUCUCUUCAACGGCAAGAAACGUUGUCGAAGAGUCGCGACGCAGAACGCGUCCGGAGAAGUUGUUGCGAAUUAUUGUGGUAAAAUGGCUACGUCCGAUUCCAAAGCACCUUUACGGACAGUGAAACGCGUACAAUUUGGCAUCCUUUCGCCGGAUGAAAUACGUCGUAUGUCAGUCACAGAUGGCGGCAUACGAUUUCCAGAAACUAUGGAAGGUGGCCGCCCUAAACUGGGCGGUCUCAUGGAUCCUAGACAAGGGGUCAUUGACAGAAAUUCUAGAUGUCAAACAUGCGCUGGCAAUAUGACAGAGUGCCCUGGUCAUUUUGGUCAUAUAGAUCUAGCUAAACCUGUAUUUCAUGUGGGAUUUAUUACAAAAACUAUAAAAAUAUUGAGAUGUGUGUGUUUCUACUGCUCCAAACUGCUUGUCAGCCCACAUAAUCCAAAGAUCAAAGAAAUUGUCAUGAAGACAAAAGGACAGCCACGGAAGCGACUUGCAUUUGUUUAUGAUUUAUGCAAAAGCAAGAGCAUCUGCGAAGGCGGAGAUGAAAUGGACAUUAACAAAGAGAACACGGAAACUCAGCCGCAGGCAGAUAGAAAACCUGGUCACGGUGGUUGUGGCAGAUAUCAGCCUAAUCUCAGACGAUCCGGUUUAGAUGUCACCGCGGAGUGGAAACACGUAAAUGAAGACUCGCAAGAAAAAAAGAUAGUACUCUCGGCUGAGAGAGCGUGGGAAAUUCUGAAACAUAUUAAAGAUGAAGAAUCUUUUAUUCUGGGCAUGGACCCGAAAUUUGCUCGACCAGAUUGGAUGAUAGUUACGGUACUACCGGUGCCACCUUUAUCUGUUAGACCUGCAGUCAUUAUGUACGGCUCCGCUAAGAAUCAGGACGACUUAACACACAAACUGGCGGACAUUAUCAAAUCGAAUAAUGAACUGCUGCGAAACGAACAGUCAGGCGCAGCGGCACAUGUGAUCCUUGAGAAUAUAAAGAUGUUACAAUUUCACGUGGCAACACUCGUUGACAACGAUAUGCCUGGUAUGCCUCGAGCGAUGCAAAAAUCGGGCAAACCGCUCAAAGCGAUCAAAGCUCGUCUGAAAGGAAAAGAGGGUAGAAUUCGAGGAAAUCUGAUGGGCAAGCGUGUAGACUUUUCCGCCCGUACUGUUAUCACGCCUGAUCCCAACUUGCGCAUCGAUCAAGUUGGUGUGCCGCGCAGCAUAGCACAGAACUUGACAUUCCCCGAGAUUGUAACGCCAUUCAACAUCGAUAAGAUGCAAGUGUUAGUUAGGCGCGGCAAUUCGCAAUAUCCCGGCGCGAAGUACAUAGUUCGCGACAAUGGUGAAAGAAUCGAUUUGCGUUUUCAUCCCAAAUCUUCGGAUCUGCACCUGCAAUGCGGCUAUCGUGUGGAACGACACAUUCACGAUGGUGAUCUUGUCAUCUUCAAUCGUCAGCCAACUCUACACAAAAUGUCAAUGAUGGGUCACCGUGUCAAAGUAUUACCAUGGAGUACAUUCCGCAUGAAUCUUAGUUGUACGUCUCCCUACAAUGCCGAUUUUGACGGAGAUGAAAUGAAUUUGCAUGCACCACAAUCGAUGGAGACUCGCGCAGAAGUUGAAAAUAUUCAUAUAACGCCGCGGCAAAUCAUUACACCGCAGGCGAACAAGCCAGUUAUGGGUAUCGUGCAGGAUACUUUGACGGCCGUAAGAAAGAUGACGAAGCGCGACGUGUUCAUUGAGAAGGAACAGAUGAUGAAUCUGCUCAUGUUCUUGCCCAGCUGGGACGGCAAGAUGCCGCAACCGUGUAUUCUGAAACCGAAACCACUAUGGACUGGCAAGCAAUUGUUUUCCCUCAUUAUUCCGGGAAACGUAAACAUGAUACGAACGCACAGCACACAUCCCGAUGAAGAGGAUGAUGGUCCAUACAAGUGGAUCUCACCAGGUGACACAAAGGUAAUGGUGGAGCACGGAGAACUGGUGAUGGGUAUUCUCUGUAAAAAAACCUUGGGUACGUCCGCCGGCUCUUUGCUUCACAUCUGUAUGUUAGAGCUGGGCCAUGAUGUAUGUGGGCGCUUCUAUGGCAACAUUCAGACCGUCAUCAAUAACUGGUUGUUGCUAGAGGGUCAUUCGAUCGGUAUUGGCGACACGAUCGCCGAUCCACAGACAUAUUUGGAGAUUCAGAAAGCGAUCAAGAAGGCUAAAGAAGACGUGAUAGAGGUAAUUCAGAAGGCGCACAAUAUGGAAUUGGAACCGACACCUGGCAACACGUUGCGUCAGACUUUUGAAAAUCAAGUGAACAGAAUUUUAAACGACGCUCGAGACAAGACUGGAGGUUCCGCCAAGAAAUCUCUGACUGAAUACAACAACUUAAAGGCUAUGGUAGUAUCUGGCUCGAAGGGUUCCAACAUCAAUAUUUCUCAGGUAAUCGCUUGUGUGGGUCAACAGAACGUUGAGGGUAAACGAAUACCCUUUGGUUUCCGCAAGCGAACGCUUCCGCAUUUCAUCAAAGACGACUACGGUCCCGAGUCCCGCGGCUUUGUCGAGAACUCGUACCUCGCCGGUCUCACGCCGUCGGAAUUUUACUUCCACGCUAUGGGCGGUCGUGAGGGUCUUAUCGAUACCGCCGUGAAAACGGCCGAGACCGGUUACAUCCAACGUCGUUUGAUAAAGGCUAUGGAGUCGGUAAUGGUGCAUUACGACGGUACCGUGCGCAAUUCGGUUGGUCAAUUGAUUCAGUUGCGUUACGGAGAGGACGGUCUCUGCGGCGAGACUGUCGAGUUCCAAAAUCUGCCUACCAUCAAAAUGAGCAACAAAGCUUUUGAGAAGAAAUUCAAAUUUGAUCCGACAAACGAGCGAUACCUUCGACGCAUAUUCAAUGAGGACAUUGUACGAGAGAUGAUGGGCUCCGGCGAGGUGAUUUCCGAACUGGAAAGAGAGUGGGAGCAGCUGAACAAAGAUCGGGCUGUGCUACGAGAGAUUUUCCCAAGUGGCGAAUCCAAAGUUGUGUUGCCUUGCAAUCUACAGAGGAUGAUUUGGAACGUGCAAAAGAUAUUCCACAUCAAUAAACGAGCGCCGAGCGAUCUUAGUCCCAUGAGAGUGAUUCAAGGCGUAAAAGAUCUUCUAGAUAAAUGUAUCAUAGUCGCAGGGGACGACAGACUUAGCAAACAGGCAAACGAGAACGCGACAUUGCUAUUUCAAUGUUUGGUGAGAUCAACUCUAUGUACGAAAUGUGUUUCCGAGGAAUUCAGGCUAUCCAGUGAAGCCUUUGAAUGGUUGAUUGGAGAAAUCGAAACUAGAUUCCAACAGGCUCAGGUGUCACCGGGUGAAAUGGUGGGCGCGUUAGCGGCGCAGUCUCUUGGCGAACCCGCUACUCAGAUGACCCUGAAUACUUUCCACUUUGCUGGUGUAUCAUCAAAGAACGUCACCCUUGGUGUGCCGAGGUUGAAGGAGAUCAUCAACAUCAGUAAGAAACCGAAAGCUCCGUCGCUCACGGUGUUCUUGACGGGCGCGGCUGCGCGAGAUGCUGAAAAAGCGAAGAACGUGCUUUGUCGAUUGGAGCACACGACACUGAAGAAAGUAACAGCCAAUACGGCGAUAUAUUACGAUCCGGAUCCGCAAAACACAGUGAUCGCGGAGGAUCAGGAAUUCGUCAAUGUGUACUACGAAAUGCCCGACUUCGAUCCUACCAAAAUAUCGCCGUGGUUGCUACGUAUCGAGUUGGAUAGGAAGCGAAUGACUGAUAAGAAACUGACGAUGGAACAGAUUGCGGAGAAGAUCAAUGCCGGCUUCGGCGACGAUUUGAAUUGCAUUUUUAAUGACGACAAUGCCGAGAAGCUGGUGCUGCGGAUUCGAAUAAUGAACAGUGACGACAAUAAGUUCCAGGAUACGGAGGAAGAGACUGUGGACAAAAUGGAGGACGAUAUGUUCCUACGAUGCAUCGAGGCUAACAUGCUUAGCGACAUGACUCUACAGGGUAUCGAAGCUAUUGGCAAGGUUUAUAUGCAUUUACCACAAACGGACUCUAAAAAACGCAUCGUUAUUACGGAAACGGGUGAAUUUAAGGCCAUUGCAGAAUGGCUUUUGGAAACCGACGGAACGAGUUUGAUGAAAGUAUUGAGCGAAAGAGACGUAGAUCCGGUACGAACAUUUAGUAACGAUAUCUGCGAGAUAUUCCAAGUUCUGGGUAUCGAGGCUGUGCGAAAGUCGGUAGAAAAGGAGAUGAAUGCAGUACUGCAGUUCUAUGGUCUUUAUGUCAACUAUCGGCAUCUUGCUUUACUUUGCGACGUUAUGACAGCAAAGGGUCAUCUUAUGGCGAUAACACGUCAUGGAAUCAAUAGGCAGGAUACCGGCGCUCUCAUGAGAUGCUCUUUCGAAGAAACGGUUGAUGUGUUACUGGACGCUGCAUCUCACGCGGAAGUAGAUCCAAUGCGAGGAGUAUCCGAAAACAUUAUAAUGGGACAACUUCCACGCAUUGGAACAGGAUGUUUUGAUUUAUUACUUGAUGCUGAGAAAUGCAAAUCCGGCAUCGAAAUUCCUAUGGCGGUUGGCGCAGGUAUGGGAACGGCGGGAAUGUUCUUCGGCAGCGUAACUGGUAUGUCCAAUAGUAUGAGUCCUCAGAUGACUCCUUGGAUGGGAGCUACUCCUGGUUACGGUGCAUCAAGCAUGUCUCCAGCCUUGAGUAGUAGUAUGACGCCAGGAGGUGCGUGCUUUUCACCGUCGGGCGCAUCUGAUGCGUCCGGAUUAUCGCCCGCGUAUUCUGCUUAUUCACCGCAACCAGGAAGUCCUGGUAGUCCGGGACCGAGCAUGAGUCCAUUCCCGAUGUCACCGGCGGGCGCGGCUUCGCCCAGUUACUCUCCUACGUCGCCGGCAUAUCUGCCUACGUCUCCUAGUAUGACACCAUCGAGCCCGAACUAUUCGCCUACUAGCCCGACAUACUCGCCGACCAGUCCGAACUAUUCGCCGACGUCACCAAGUUAUUCACCGACGAGUCCGAGCUAUUCACCGACAUCGCCAAGUUAUUCACCGACAAGCCCAAGUUACUCGCCUACUUCACCAAGUUAUUCGCCAACAAGUCCGAGUUAUUCGCCUACAUCACCGAGCUAUUCACCAACGAGCCCGAGUUAUUCACCAACAUCGCCAAGCUAUUCACCAACAUCGCCAAGUUAUUCGCCUACGAGCCCGAGCUAUUCACCUACAAGUCCAAGUUAUUCGCCCACAAGUCCAAGUUACUCGCCUACAAGUCCAAGCUACUCGCCUACGAGUCCGAGUUACUCACCGACUUCGCCGAGUUAUUCACCUAGCUCACCUAAUUACACACCUGCCUCGCCUUCGUAUUCACCCACUUCGCCUAGUUAUUCACCGAGCUCGCCGCAAUACUCGCCUGCGAGUCCAAGCUAUUCACCCAGCAGUCCCAAGUAUUCGCCAACGAGUCCGAGUUAUUCGCCUACCUCCCCGUCAUUCGCCGGUACAUCGCCGCAGUAUACGCCAGCAAGCCCCACGUAUUCACCGACCAGUCCGACGUAUUCGCCCACAAGUCCGUCGUAUUCGCCGAGUUCACCGCAGCACACCGCAUCCGGCAGUACCCGGUAUUCGCCUAGCAGUCCAAACUAUUCACCUACCAGUCCGACAUAUUCACCCACGAGUCCGCAGUAUUCACCGUCAAGCACCAAAUAUUCACCUACAAGUCCCACUUACACGCCCACAAGUCCAAGUUAUUCACCGACAAGUCCAACAUAUUCGCCACCGGUACCAGGAUACUCGCCUACGAGUCCCACAUAUUCGCCAGCAUCACCCGCUUACGAAACAGAUGAAUAAUGCUAAUUAUUGUAUUGUAUUAAUCGUUAAUUAUAAAAAUAAAAUAAUUAUAGAAAAAAAUAUCUAUUGAUAAAAAGAUAUAUAACCGAUAAUUUUUUGCUUUGAUUAUUAUAUAUGCAUAAGUUAUGUACAAUUGCACCAUUCUUAUUAGAAAAAUUAAGAUAUAAGAAAAAAUGUGAAUUAUACAUUAAGAGCCUUAGUCUUUUUCUAGUAUUGUAGAAUUAUUAAUAAUAAUUAAUAAUCCGUGUGUUACAUACAAGCAAACGCUUUUAAGGGACCAGAGAUUUUUGUAAACCAAUAACUGAUAAAUCAAUGAGAUAAUGAAUGGAGGCUACAUUGAUGCAAAAAAAAAAACAUCAUAAUAUAAGAAAUCAAAGAUAUUAUUUAUACGUGAGUUUGUCAUUAUGUGUAUUUUGAUAGAAAUACAAUGUAUCGACUUUUACGAUAAGCAAGCUGCGUGAUAUUGUACAUUCAAUCGCAUAUUAUUUAUAUCUAAUUGCAUUUUGAUGUUAAUAUGUCCAACAGAUAUCAAAAUUCACAAUUUCAUUAAAAAGGCGCGCACAUAGUAAACAUCUGUCAAUUAAAAAUAUAUUCUUAUCAAUUAUUGUAUUAUGUAUAUUAAUGUUUUUAUUUCACCAUGUAAUGACUGAUAAAACCGAUAAUGUUGCAGAAUAUCAGUAUAAUUUUUUAAUUUCAAAAUGUUCUAGUAAAU